AAUCCGGGCGGGGCGGCGCGGGGCGCAGAGCGCCGCGCUGGUGACGCGGGCAGCGUGUCCGCUGUCCUGCCGUGCCGCCAUGGCAGCGCUGCCCGGUGCCGCGGCCCCGCGGCUGCUCCUCAUCCCUAGCAAAGCGGCCGAGGCUCCCGGCACCGCGGCUGCCCGGCAUCUGUCCGUUGUCCUGCCGGCAGGAGCCGAUCCCAGCCUCCCCGGGAUGGAGACCACGCAGCCGGCCCGUAAGCGGCAGCGGCUCACGCAUCUGAGCCCGGAGGAGAAGGCGCUGCGCAGGAAGCUGAAGAACCGCGUGGCGGCCCAGAGUGCCCGCGACAGGAAGAAGGCGCGGAUGACAGAGCUGGAGCAGCAGGUGGUGGAGCUGGAGGAGGAGAACCAGAAGCUGCUGCGGGAAAACCAGCUCCUGCGGGAAAGGACGUGUAACCUCGCACGGGAGAACCAGGAGCUCCGCUGCCGCCUGGGUUUAGAUGCUGUGAAGACGGAGGAGGAGGGUGACGAGUUCCAGGUUGUGAAGGAAUCGCAGGUGGAGGAGAUCAGAUUGGUGACCGGGUCCGCUGAGUCCGCAGCACUCAGACUACGUGUUCCUCUGCAGCAGGUGCAGGCCCAGCAGUCACCAUUUCUGAUAGCUUCCACAUGGAUUCUGAUGGCAGUGACUCUUCAGACUCUGAGUCUGAUCUCCUAUUGGGCUUUCUGGACGGUCUGGACCCAGAGUUGUUUCUCAAAUAUGCUGAUUCAGAGUCAACGUGCCUGGAAAAGCUGGACGAAGACGUCUCUGGAGAAACAAAUUCCAUACCAACCGCCCUCUCUCCCUCUUUGGGGUCCCCAUCAGCCAAGCUGGAAGCCAUUAAUGAACUCAUAAGGUUUGAUCACGUGUAUACAAAACCACUAGUAGUGGAGAUUCCUGUUGAAGUGGGCAACCAAACCAAUAUGCUAGUGAAAAUUGAGAAAGAAAAUCUCUCUUCAUCUGAUGACAAGGCCAUCCCUGAAGUCCCAGUGUCUGUGAAGAAGGAACCUGUAGACAGCUUCAUGCCUGAACUGGGCUUUUCUCAUCUGCUUUCUUCUUGUCAUAGCCUUGAAGCCCCAAGCUACCUGUUGGAUGGCUGUAGUGACUCUGGGUAUGAAGGAUCCCUGUCGCCCUUCAGUGACGCAUCGUCUCCGCUUGGCCCUGACCAUGCGUGGGAGGAUAGCUUUGCCAAGGAACUCUUUCCCCAGCUCAUCAGUGUCUAACCUGGUAGUGUUAACUCCCUGUGAACAACUGUCCUGGCAGGAAAUCAGCAAUGCCCCUUUGGGGUGUUUGUGGGGAAAAUCAAGUCCAUCCAGAAAAGUGUUUCUCAUAUUUACCAUGCUAUAGUAGGUGGCAUGAUGGUAUGAAAAAGCCUGGGGUGUCCUGUCCUGCCCUGGCUCCCCCCAGUCAGUGUUGGCUUAGGAGAGAGGCAGGUUUGUUUCUCAAUAACUUGCUCAUUCUCUGUGAACCUGAAAAUGUUUUGUUUUCCAGUUAAACUUUUUAAAACCAAAAACUAAAAUGGGAUAUUCAUGUAUAGACAACUGGGCUAGACCUUAAUAGUCUCUAAGUCUUACAGCUUCACUAAAUGCUUGUUUUCCAUUUGCUAUGUAGAGUUGCUUUGUCCGUUUAAUAUUUAACUGUAUUGGUGCAAUUAAAAUGCAGUGCAGCUCACUGA